AUGGGAGACCCAGGGUCGGAGAUAAUAGAAUCUGUCCUUCCAGCUGGACCUGAGAUAUCUGAGUCACCAACGGAUGAAAAUGAAGAUGACAUUCAGUUUGUUAGUGAAGGACCAUUAAGACCUGUUCUUGAAUACAUUGACCUGGUCAGCAGUGAUGACGAAGAACCUAGCACCUCCCAUAGUGAUAGAAUGCCUGAAUCUAAGGUGCCAUCCUCUGAGAACCAUCGCCCAGAAAUGUGCUCUAGCUGCAGUGUUCCUCUUUCCAUUGGAGACCGCAGCUUCUCCUCUGGGAGUUGCUCCAUCAGUCCACAAAGGAUAGUUUCUCAACCUUCCUCUGUUGAGAACCCAUUGGAGAACCAGAAAAAUGAUCAAAAUUAUUCAGAUACUAAGAUCUCUGAGACAGAGGCAUCUAACCCAUCAAAAAAUAUUCAGACUAUGCCUUCAUGUCCACUUCUGGUCUGUCAAGAGUCUUUGUCUUCUUUGGAAAUCAAGAAGGAUUUACUUAGAGAGUCUUCUUCAAAUUCACAGCAUGGACAGGAUGCCAUCCUCUACCUCCAAACACAAGUGGCUGAGAUGUCCCGAGUGAUACGUGAUCUACAGUCCAGGAGCUGUUUUAGAUUUCAUCAUUGUAGGCCAAGUGAGAACUCCUCUAUUUCUUGGGACAUCUCCAACUCUAAGGAGGAAAAUUUAUCCACAGUUGAUGAAGAGACUGACUGCAAAUCCUCCUCCACUGGUAACAAAGGGCAGCCCUCUGACUCCAACCAAUCAAGUUUCACAGGUCUUUUGAAGAGAAUGGAACAAAGAGGUGUUAUAAAGAGAGUGUCAUUACAACCUGAAGUAGAAUCAUGUGAUGGGAAAUCUGAUUGUGUCACCACCAAGAAACGGUUGGUUCCUCCAUUGCAUCCUCUUCUGAGAAUUGCAACCACUGAGGUUUUUAAAGACCCUGCUGAUUGCCAUCCUUCUUCCUUCAUGGGACACAGGGUGUAUCCUGUGGCUAAGGACACCUCUCCUUUCCAACCAAAUCCACCAGCUGAGGGUCCCAUUGUAGAAGCACUAGAACACAGCAAAAGAGGAAACACAACAUCCCCUCUAGAUUCUACCUCAAAAGAAAUGGAGAUCAUGGGUUGUAGGUUUUACCACGCUGCUUCUAUUGCAGCCCGAGCUGCUAGCUACAUGGCUUACAUGACUCAAUAUCAGCGUAAACUUUGGGAAGACAUGGAGGAUCUGGUCCAUGACCCAGAGUUCGACCGAGGGAAAGCAAGAUGUAUAAUAUCUGAUGGCAUGGAUGCAGGUCUUUGGCAGCUUUGUACUACUAGAGACAUAAUGGACUCUGUAGUUAGAGUUAUGGCCAUGGCAAUAGACUACAGACGGCAAGCUUGGCUCCGACUUACAUCUCUAACUAAGAAAACUCAAGAGAAAAUCUCACACUUGCCUUUUGAUGGUACUUCCCUUUUUGGACAACAUGUGAAUGCUGCUAUUGCUGAAGAAAAUAGUAUUAAAGAAAAUGACUAUAAAGAUCACAACAAAUAUUCCAACCAACAUCGAUACUUUUAUAGUCAUGAUCAGAAAACACAUUAUCACAAUAGAGGAUACUCCAAAGGAGAUUGGUACAAAUCCCGAAAUCACCCUUAUAGAUAUAGAAAAAAAGGAGAAUCCCCAGAACGCCAUGGGUACAAGAAUUAA